AUUUAUAGGGGUCAUUGUGUUUAAUCUACGAUAAGCCACCUUUAAGUUUCCGCCCCACUGGGCGCCAGAUAUUCGCUAUGGCAUCGUGCGUAAGAGUGACCGGUAUAACCGUGGGAGUAGUGUUGGUAGUGGCUGUAGUAGUAGGUAGUAUAACAUGGGCAAUUCUGGCCAGCAAAGGACCGUCGGCACCCAAGCUGAAAGAGCUGGAUUGGUGGGAGAAUACCAUCAUCUAUCAGAUCUAUCCUAGAUCAUUUAAGGAUAGCGAUGGUGAUGGAAUUGGAGAUUUGAAAGGAAUUACUAGUGAGCUAAAUCACUUUGUGGAUGCUGGGGUAGGAGCUAUCUGGAUGUCUCCCAUCUUUCCCUCUCCUAUGGUGGACUUUGGAUAUGACAUCAGUGAUUUCUACAAUAUACACUAUGAAUACGGAACGAUGGCGGACUUUGAUGAGCUGGUGGCCAGAGCUCAUGAACUUGGCAUCGCGGUUUUACUAGACUACGUCCCAAACCACGCAAGCACCGAAUCGGAAUACUUCAUCAAGUCUGAAGCUAGGGAGUCGGGGUUCGAAGAUUUCUUUGUCUGGGCUGAUCCCGUCCUGACGGAGCCAAACGAUGUCAACUCUAGAACAGUUCCUUCGAACUGGAUCAGCCAAUUCGGUGGAACUGUGUGGGAGUGGAGCGAGGCUCGCCAACAAUAUUACUUACACCAGUUUGCUAUUGAACAAGCCGACUUCAACUUCCGCAAUCCAGCAGUCAGAGAAGAGAUGCUCAAUAUCCUGAAAUUCUGGUUUAAUAAAGGAGUAGACGGGUUCCGUCUUGAUGCACUACCUCAUAUGUUCGAGGCGAAUCCUGAUGACUUCGGAGGGGUGUAUCCCAACGAGCCUCUCAGUGGAAACAUGUUCUUGAAUGAAACUCAGAUUGGGUAUACAACUCAAGAGUAUAUAAGAGAUUUGAUUGAGCUUUACGAUGUAGUUUAUGAGUGGAGGGAAUUUGCAGAUAGCUAUCAAAAAGACACCAAUUCUAAUACGAAGAUAUUGCUGGCAGAAGCAUAUUCCAACAUCACCAUGACAAUGCUGUAUUAUGGUGAUGAGCGUGGUCGUUUUGGAGCGCACUUCCCUUUCAACUUCGGCUUCAUCACCAGUGUUGACGGCCGCUCCAACGCAAGAGACUUUGUUUAUGUUAUAAAGCAGUGGCUGGUCUACAUGCCUCAUGGGAACGUAGCUAAUUGGGUGUUUGGUAACCACGACACAAACCGCAUGCCGUCGAGAUUCAGAACGAACAUGGUUGAUGGGCUCAAUUCACUCAACUUGAUGUUACCAGGAGUCGCUAUCACGUACCAAGGUGAAGAGAUAGGGAUGAGAGACGGCUACGUUAGUUGGGAAGACACUGUGGAUGUGGCAGCCCUCAAUCAAGGAAACGCAUCCACGUACUUGCUGUACUCAAGAGACCCAGCCAGAACUCCUUAUCAUUGGAAUGGCUUGUCAAAUGCAGGUUUUUCCAGUGGCUCCAGUACUUGGUUGCCGGUUGCUGAGGAUUAUCAAGAUAUUAAUCUAGCCAAACAGAAAGAAGACACUCGCAGUCAUUUCAAGGUCUACCAGGCUCUAGCAAAUCUUCGUAAAUCACCAGCCCUGUCAUUCGGACAAGUCCAUAUCGAAGCCCUCAGUGAGAGUACCUUGGUGCUAGUCCGAUACCUGGUUACUCACGAAGCGUACUCAUUAGUUUUCAAUGUAGGAACUGUAGAGGAUACAGUGGAUCUGGCCAGAGUCUCUAUGCUGAUUGAACCGAUAACUGUUUAUACUUCUAGUAUCCAUUCUGCAAGGAUUUCCGGCGAUGCUGUACCUAUGGGGAGCUUGUCUUUACAGCCCGGUGAAGCAAUAGUCAUUAAAUCAGCACCUUACAAUAAUUAACUUGCAACAUUAAUUAUAUGCGUGCAUAAGACACCCUAACCUGAAAACCGCUUUAAGAAAAAAGACUUCAAGGAUUGAAUCCCCGACCUCAUUGGAUAUAUUAUAAAGACCUACUAAGAAAAGGAAUUUUCGGGAUGGUGUUACUACGUCUAGAAUUCAAUUGUUAUUGUAUCUAAGUAAAUCAAAAUAAAUUGAAGGAAUAAACCAACCAUGUUUCAA